AUGGGGAUGGGAUUAGGUAAAGGGGGGAAAAAAAGAAAGAACAUCGCUGUUUCCGGCGCCGCUGGCCCGGCUUCACACAUGUGCAUAGAAAACUGCCCCCAAAUUUUGAGGUUGAGCCUCUGUACCAGGGCACUACCAAAGUCUAAAGAUAUUAAUACCCACCGUGACCACAACUUCACAUACCAUCACUCGUACCAGCACGGCAUCUCCCACCGCAUCCCGCCGGGAACUUCCGCGUGGAGAUUGCCGUCGGGUUUGUGGAACGUUACACCCGCAGGGCUGCAGCCAUUGGAGUAG